GUCAAGACACGCACCGGGCGGCCCCCCCCCGCCAUGCCGCCCCCGCCCAGCACGCAAGGAGCCCCCCGAAACAGCUCCUACACCCCCACCACUCUGACGAAUGGCAGCAGCAGCCACUCGCCCACGGCGCUGAACGGGGCGCCGUCGCCGCCCAACGGCUACGGCAACGGGCCAGGCUCGUCAUCGUCGUCGUCGCUGGCCAAUCAGCAACUGCCGCCGGCGUGCGGCGCCCGGCAGCUGAGCAAGCUCAAGCGCUUCCUCACCACGCUGCAGCAGUUUGGAAACGACAUCUCGCCCGAGAUCGGCGAACGCGUGCGCACGCUUGUCCUCGGCUUGGUGAAUUCCACACUAACCAUCGAGGAGUUCCACUGCAAACUCCACGAAGCCACCAACUUCCCCCUGCGACCUUUCGUCAUCCCCUUCCUCAAGGCCAACCUGCCGCUCCUGCAGCGGGAGCUCCUGCACUGCGCCCGCCUGGCCAAGCAGAACCCAGCGCAGUACCUGGCCCAGCACGAGCAGCUGCUGCUGGACACCAGCACCUCGUCGCCCGUCGACUCGUCCGAGCUGCUGCUCGACGUCAACGACAACGGAAAGCGGCGCACGCCCGACAGGACCAAAGAGAACGGCUUUGACCGCGACGGCGGCCCGUACGGGCCCGACGUCCAUCCGAGCAAGCGGCCGUGCACCGUCAGCCCCGGCCAGCGCUUCAGCCCAUCCAACGGCAUCGCGUCCCCGCCCAACGGCCCGGGCCACUCGGCCGGCCCGCCGCCGCCACCGCUGCCGCACUACCGGCUGGAUGACGUGGCCGCCAUCGCCCACCACCACUACCGCGACGGCUACCGACACCCGCCCGCCAAUCACAGGGAGAUCCGCGACAGGGCCCGAUCCAUCGGCCUUCACGCGGGAGGGCGCCAGGAAGAAGUGAUCGACCACCGGCUGACGGACAGGGAGUGGGCUGAGGAGUGGAAGCACCUUGACCAUCUGCUGAACUGCAUCAUGGACAUGGUGGAAAAGACGCGGCGCUCGCUCACGGUGCUGCGGCGCUGCCAGGAAGCCGACCGUGAGGAGCUCAACUACUGGAUCCGACGCUACAGCGACGCCGAAGAGCUGAAGAAGAGCGCCGCCGCCGCCGCCGCCGCCUCGAGUGCUCAGUAUCGGCAGCAGAGCCCGGCAGCGCAGGACAACACCGCAGCGGACAUUCACAGGGAGCUUCUGCAUCGGCCCGUUUCCGGCUAUGUCCCUGAAGAAAUCUGGAAGAAAGCCGGUGAGUUCUUGCACAUUAGACACACAUGGCAUCGUAGAGCACACACAGACAAAACAGCCGCACUCACAAUUACACCUCGGCACCAUUUAGAGCACAGUGCCGGCCCCGCCCCAGAGACCCCCGCCCCUGUCAGCUCGUCAGCCUGCACGCCCAGCAGCUGCGUUGGCAGUCCGGCUCCGACCCCGCCCGCCGCCCCUCGCUCGUCCACGCCCAGCACCCCGUCGUCGUCCUCCGCCCCGGAUGGCCACUAGGGGGACCCCUUGUAAAGUAUGCUCAGCUUAUUUGGCUAACGGAGCAAUUGUGCGUGAUGUGGGUCAUAUUGACCCCUCCCCCGUCCCGCAUUGACUUUAAGAGCAAAGAUAUUCUUUGUGGCCAAUGAACGAAUGGAAAUAGACACUCGCUUUUAGCGUUCUUGCUACUCGUCGUCGUCAACGGUCGUUCUUGUUCUCGCAAUUGUUGUCGUGGGGUUUUUUUUCUUCUUGUAAAUAAGAGCGAGCAGAGAAAGCAGCGUUGUCCUGCCCCCAACCAGGCUAAAAGCUUGAGCUGAGUCAACCGUGGAUGCAAGGCACUUUUUUUCCGCACUGUCAAAACACUUCAUGAUACAAACCCAAUUCCAAUGACGUUGUCUUAAACAUUAAAAAAAACAAAUAAAAAUACUUUGAGGUCAACACACUACAUCGGCAAUAUAUUUAAUGUUCCAACUGAUAAACUUUGCUUUUUGAAAAUAAUCAAUGACUUGGAAUUUUAUGGCUGCAACACGUUCCAAAAAUGCGAUUGUUCACGAUGACAAUAAGCAAAGUUUUAUCACUUUGAGCACGAAACAUCUUUGUCUUUGCGGCGUAUUCAAUUCAAUGGAGCUUUGCGCAUGAUCUGAAAAUCAUUUUUCCCUUUUCCCGUUGAACACAAAAGUCCCAGCGUCAUUGGAAUGUCAUCGCAUAGCGUUGUCACAAAUACAAAAACGCGAGUCUCAUACGACAGACAAAAAUCAUUCUGCCCAAAAGGAAACGGCAGUGCUAAGGUUUUUUUUUUUGUGUGCCAAGUUGUUGCUGAAAUCUGCAAGUACUUUUGGGAGCCUCGACGGCAAAACGUCAACACGCCUCCUCUUGUUUCGCAUUCUAAUUUAUUCUCCUCAUAGGAAAACUGCUGUUGUGUUGUUGCUGGAAUUGAUUAAAAUUGCAGGUACUUUGAAUGAUACCCCCAAAAAUUCUCCCAAAGGGAAACUGCGGUGUGGUAUUGUGCCAUGUUGUCGCCGAAACCGAUUUGGACAUCCGGACAUGAAUACAACAAAAGUGACGAACCAUCCUACUAGAAUUGUAACGUCAUUUUGAAAAA